UUAAAUAAAUUUUAAAAAAACUAUUUGAAAGACAAAUGUCUUCAGUUUUUGUUUGGUUUAUUCCUCCACUUCUUGAAGUAUAAAAUCAGAAUCCAAUGAUUAUGACUACCAGUUCAACGACGACGACUAAUGGUGUUGAAGCCGAUGCCGCGACAACAGGCCGUCGGCAGCAGACAGACAACAACAACAUUAACGGCGGCGUACGUACCGUCAGGUCGAUUGGUCUGCAAAUUGGUCCGCCGUUUCUCUGGCAGCGACCGAAUCGUAAACAACUGGAAGACAUACUCAACAAUGUUGUUGUCAAUCAUCAUAACAACAACAACAACAGCGACGACAACACUAGCCAUCAUCAGGUGUUCAAAAAAUUUUCGCCGCCGCCGGUUGUCGUCCGAUGUCCUCAUCUGAACUGUGGCUACAGUUUUGUUGCCCAAUCGGCACUCAGUGACCACAUGGACGCCGAUCAUAAAGACCAACCGAUACCGGAGGAGCCGAUGAUCAAGUCUGAACCGGUUGUCGACGACGGCGACUACGGCCACUACGACGAUACUAUAACAGCGGUUAUAACGAAAAAAKUGACCAAAAUUAAGCCGWCAAUCGCAGCGGUCACGUCCACUGCAGCCGCCGCUACCAGUGRUACUCAGAGGCGACGACGGCCACCGCCACUACUGCCGCACGAAAAACGGGUCAAAUGUGAUAGCAAUGGCUGCGAAAUGUACUUUUCAAACGUAUUUAAUAUGCAACGACACAGUCGUCUCAAACACGGCCUGAUUGCACGGGUUCACGACCAGAAUGUGGCCAAAUCGGUGGCAGCGGCUGCGGCAGCAGCUGGUGGUAGUGGUAGUGGUGAUGGUUCGGUGGCCGUUUCUGCGGCGACUACAACAAUGGUUAACAAUCCGUUUGCCCAACAGUUUCUGAAGUUUGUAUCGGUUGUCAAUGCGGCCUCAAAACCAGCUAUGGCUAGUGUAACCACCGCUGAUGAUGAUGACAACGAUGAUGAUGAUGAUGGCCAGCGACCAGCGAUUAAUACUGUAAAGAAAAAGAAAUCUAAGUCAUUAUCGGUAGCCGAAGCGGUCAUUAGUGGUCCGUUAGCGGCAGCUGAGACGAUAACAWCRAAGCCGAUCAAACAGUUCAGAUGCGAUCAUAUUUUCUGUAGUCGUAAAACAUUUUCAUCGAUUGAUACAUUGCGUCGGCACAUAAAGACAAAACAUUGGGCAUCGGAUUCAACCGCCUCAGCCGCCGCCGCCACUGGUCAUCGCGUCAAGUCAUUAGCGUCAUUACCAUUGUUGCCGAAAGCGGYGUCGACGGCUCCGCCGCCGCCGGCCGGCAAUCAUAGUCACGAAUCGCCAAAUAAAUUUAGCCAACAAUUUGUCAACUUUUUGAAGACUACACCGCCGCCAAAGCCACCAACACUACUGAUGCCGUCGACGACGACGCCUCCGAAGCCAAAUGUCAGUGAUAUUGCGGCGCCGACUUCGAYCACAAUGCGGCCAAACUCUGUGAUUAUAGAUCUAAAUACUGUCGACGAUAUUACAAGUCCCGUACGGGAAACAACAUUAUCCGGUUUUGUGGUYAACUCUAGCGCCGCCRACGAUACGUUAGUUGAUAAUAACAAUAUUGCCGUCAAUGACGACGACAACGACGACGAUAACUAUUCAAUGGUUACGCCAAGAAAGUCCAAAAGAAAACGUAAGGCCAUUAAUCAGUGGCCGCAGUGGUCGCCCGAUAAGGACGAUACCGACGAAACCAAGUCGUCAACAACAACAUCAACACCGGAGAAGCCGUCAUUCAAAUGCGAUUACAAUGGUUGCGAAAACAGCUAUUGUGACGCUCGCGGCUUAAAGCGACAUAAGCUCAGCAAACACGAACAAACGUCUAUUGAUAAGUCUAUUGAUGAUAAUAAUCAGUGGCCAGAAUAUCGGUCACCACCCGAUAAGUAUACCGAUGACAAUGAUGAUGACCAGCCGGAAAAGCCAUACAAAUGUGAUUACGAUGGCUGCGAAUUACGUUAUGUUAAGUCGUAUAGCCUUUUGCGCCAUAAGCGCGAAAAACACCAAAAACAACAACAACUCACGACCAUAUCUGGCCAGACACCCGCCGCCGUAGCCGCCACCACAACCAAUGCAGUAGUAGACGGAAGCGAUGUUACCGCAAACGGUUCGGUUGUUGGCCACCAACAGGACAUCAAACUAGAUAUUAAACCUGACAUCAAACCGGACAUCAAACCGGACAUAACGAAACUGAUGCCUACGUUUGUUGCGGCGGCGGUGACGCCGGCAGUGUUUGCGCCCAACGCACUGGCAGUAAGUCGUCGAUUGUCCAGUGGAUGCGGCAAUCAGUUGACGGCAGCCGCRGCCGCCGCCAAACCGAAGUUCAAAUGUAUAUAUCCAGGCUGUGAUCGUACAUUCACUAUAGAAAAACUCUAUGAAAAGCAUCGGCAAGUGAUACACAAAGAAGCRGCCAAUAGUAGUAGUACUGGUGGUGGUAGUGGUCAGCCACCGAUAUCGGGUGGUCAUUGAUAUAUGACUCGAUUGACAUAUUUUAGUUAUGAUUGUUUGUUGCGGGAGUGUUGACCUCAUAAAUACUGAUUACUGAAAAACUACUUAUAUUUAUUUAAUCAAUUAAUUAAUUAAUUAA